AUGUUCAGAAAGCUCCACUCCAUCUUUAACUCCAGCCAGCAAAGGAAAGCAGAGGUGGCUGAGGGUUCCUACUACAGUGGAGCCAGCCCCACAGUGCAGCUGAUCCACAGCAGCUCCAUGUAUGUGGUGGGGGACUACGGGGAGAAAUUCAGUGAGUCCUUAAAUAAAUACAAAAGCACCAGCAGCAUGGACACAAGCCUGUACUACCUGCAGCAGGAGGGAGACCGGGUAUGGAUGUUUUCACGCACUCAGGACUGUCUACAAUACCUACAGGAGCUUCUGGCCCUGCGGAAAAAGUACCUGAGCAGCCUCAAUGACUUGAAGGCCAAGCCCACCCAGGGUUUCUCCAUCACCUCUUCCAAAUCAUCCAAGGGAGAAAAAAAGGCCCGAGGCCAGUCCACCACCAAAGAAAUAAAGAAAUCAACCCCUAAGAAAUACUCACAGUUUAGCACGGACGUGGCAGAGGCCAUUGCCUUCUUUGACUCCAUCAUUGCAGAGCUGGACACAGAGAAACAGCCAUGGGCGGCUGAAGCAGACACCAUGAAUGAGGAUGUGGACGUUGAUGUGGCCACCAGCUCCCAAGAGCAUUGCUUACACUCCAACUGGAUCCUGCGGGUGCCACGCCAGCACUCUGAGGAUGUGGCUGUGCACUGCGUACACAUGACAGAUGGCCAGUUUCAAAGAAGCAUGGAGUGCAGAACCAUUGGCACUCAGAGGAGACUUGAGAGGCACCCCAUUUACUUACCCAAGGCUGUGGAAGGAGCAUUCAACACCUUGAAGUUUAAGCCCAAAGUAUGCAAAAAUGACCUAGGAAGCUCCAGGCAGAUCCUCUUCAACUUCUCUGGAGAAGACAUGGAAUGGAAUGCAGAGAUCUUUGCACUGGAACCACUGGCAUUUCCAGGGGAAGACUACUUCGAGACAGAAAACCCCAAAGGGCAGUGGCUGCUUCGAGAGAGACUCCAGGAGCGGACAAUGCCAUGA